CCACCCUUCACGGAAGUAAGCGCUGGAGAUGGUGGCGGCCUCGUCAGCCUAGCAGCAGGAAGAGGAUGUUUGCUUCCAGCGAAAGGAUAAUAUCACCUUAUUAUAAGCCUUUAUAACAGAGUAAAGCCCCAUAGAGUGUUUGUGCGGAGCCUGCUGGGAUUGAGACGGCGCAUUCCCUCUCCUGGAGCCGGCCUCUGUGAGCCUGAAGCGGGGCGCAGGAGAAAAUGUCCCUGUUCCAGUCGGCACUGGAUUUCCUAGCCGGGCCCGGCUCCUCCGGGGCGGCCAGCCGGGACCAGAAUGAUUUCGUCGGACAGGUCGUUGAGCUCGGUGACAUGAAACUGAGGAUCAGAAGGGUGAUCGCGGAAGGUGGAUUUGCCUUUGUGUAUGAAGCCCAGGACAUGAGCAGCGGUAAAGACUAUGCCCUCAAGAGGCUACUGUCCAAUGAGGAAGAAAAGAACAAGGAAAUCAUACAGGAAGUCUGCUUCAUGAAAAAGCUGUCGGGUCAUCCCAACAUGGUUCAGUUCUGCUCCGCUGCUUCCAUCAGUAAGGAGGAGUCAGACACCGGACAGGCCGAGUUCCUAAUCCUCACCGAGUUGUGUAAAGGUCAGCUGGUGGACUUUAUAAAGCGGGUAGAGCAGAGGGCUCCCCUGUCAUGUGACACUGUGCUGAAAAUCCUCUACCAAACGUGCCGCGCCGUGCAGCACAUGCACAAACAGAAGCCUCCGAUCAUACACAGAGACCUCAAGAUUGAGAACCUCUUGAUUAGUAACCAGGGCACCAUCAAGCUGUGUGACUUUGGCAGCGCCACCACAGUGUCACAUUACCCUGACUACAGCUGGUCGGCACAGAAGAGGUCCAUGGUAGAGGAUGAGAUCACAAGGAACACCACUCCGGCGUACCGAACACCAGAGAUGAUCGAUCUCUACUCCAACUUCCCCAUCAAUGAAAAACAGGACAUCUGGGCCCUAGGAUGCAUCCUCUACCUGUUGUGUUUUAAGCAGCACCCAUUCGAGGAGGGGGCCAAGCUGCAGAUUGUCAACGGAAAAUACUCCAUCCCUCAGAACGAUGUCAAGUACACCGUGUACCACGACCUCAUACGUUCCAUGUUAAAGGUGAACCCAGAGGAGCGCCUGUCCAUUACAGAGUUAGUCAACCAGCUCCAGGAAAUAGCAGCAGCACGCAACGUCAACCCCAAAUCUCCCAUUACAGAGCUGCUGGAGCAGAACGGAGGUUUCGGCAACAACGGAGCCCAGCCGCCCAUGCAGAUCCACAACGUCCACAACAAUGCAGGCAUCUAUGAUCCUGACCAAUCGGGAAGUGGCCUCUUCGAUAUCUUAAGGGGAGGAACAGAGCGCUUCCUGACCAACAUAAAGGACACUUCCUCUAAGGUCAUCCAGUCAGUAGCAAGCUAUGCCAAAGGUGACCUGGAUAUUUCAUACAUCACCUCCAGAAUAGCAGUCAUGUCCUUCCCAGCAGAGGGGGUGGAGUCAGCGAUAAAGAACAACAUUGAGGACGUCCGUCUGUUCCUGGAUUCGCGUCAUGCUGGCCACUAUGCUGUCUACAACCUCUCCAAACGAUCAUACAGGCCUUCUCGAUUCCACAACAGGGUUUCAGAGUGUAACUGGCAGGUGCGCCGUGCCCCUAACCUCCGCAGUCUCUACAGUGUUUGUAAGAACAUGCAUCUGUGGCUCAAACAAGACCAGAGGAACAUCUGUAUAGUACACUGUCUGGAUGGCAGAGCGGCAUCAGCAGUGGCAGUUUGCUCCUUCCUGUGUUUUUGUCGACUUUUCACCACCGCUGAGGCUGCUGUCUACAUGUUCUCAAUGAAACGCUGCCCACCCGGCAUAGCACCCUCACACAAGAGGUACAUAGAGUAUAUGUGUGACAUGAUGGCAGAGGAGCCCAUCAUCCCCCACAGCAAGCCCAUAAUAAUCCGCUCCAUCGUCAUGACACCUGUGCCGUUGUUCAACAAGCAGCGUAACGGGUGCAGGCCGUUCUGCGAGGUCUAUGUUGGAGACGAGAGAGUCCUCACCACAUCACAGGAGUACGACAAGAUGAAGGAUUUUAAGAUGGAGGAUGGAAGAGCAGAGAUUCCCCUCAAUGUGACAGUUCAGGGAGAUGUACUGGUGGUGAUCUAUCAUGCAAGAUCUACACUCGGGGGACGUCUGCAGGCCAAGAUGGCAUCAAUGAAGAUGUUUCAGAUCCAGUUCCACACAGGCUUUGUCCCCAGAAAUGCAACCACUGUCAAGUUUGCCAAGUAUGACUUGGAUGCCUGUGACAUACAGGAGAAGUACCCAGAUUUGUUCCAGGUCAACUUGGACAUUGAGGUGGAACCCAGGGACAGACCCAGCACCAAGACCCCUCCUUGGGAGGGUUUCCAAACCAAGGGCCUCAACCCCAAAAUCCUUUUCUCCUCUCGUGAUGAACAGCAGGAGAUCCUCAGCAAAUUUGGAAAGCCUGAGCUGCCUCGACAGCCAGGUUCCUCAGCAUUUUAUGAUUCAGAGUCGCCCCAGCCGGCUCAGACCCCAGAAGACUCUAAUCCACCAGAACCAGAAUCUCCUGGGAGCACUGAUGGCAAUGCCAACAACUUCUUCCAGACACUAGAUUGGGAAGAUGUGCGUGGCCCUCAGGAUGCUUCAGACAGCCAAGGAGGGGGAUCCAUGAAUGACCAGGAGGACCUGAGUGAUCAAUCAGAAGGAGAGUCCUUCUCUUAUUCUGCCCCCAGUGGAGAGCCACUGUCACGUGACCCCAGUGAACCACUGUUUGAUGCUGACUUCCAGAGCCCCCCUCCCGCAGCCCAGGAAUCUCCUAUUGGGGAUACAGCUGACCUCUUGGGGUUGAAUUCUGACCCCCAACCUCCUUCCAUGUCCUCGACCUCCUCAUCUGCUCCUCAUCAAGGGGUCCAGGAAGGAAUGAAGGCUGCAUCCAGCAACAGUGACCUCCUCAACGACUUGUUUGCACCCCCUGCUGGUCAGACAGUAGCAGUGCAGGAAGACUUGUUCUUCAGUGGGUCAACCAGCGGGACAACACCUGACUCAAAGCCCAUGGGCGACCUUUUUGAUCCGUUUGGGAUGGGGUCCGGCUCUGGUGUUGGAUCCAGUGUGGGUUCAUCUAGGCAGGCCUCUGGACCGGACCUGUUUGGAGACUUGUUGCAUUCUGAUAGUUCAGCCACCAGCGGGUUCAGCUCAGCUCACAGUAACCCCACUCCUGCUUCCAACACAAGCCUCUUCAACCUCAAUAAACUAGUGAAUGAUACCCCAAAGAUGACAUCAUCAGCCAGCCAGCCAGACCUAUUGGGUGGGUGGGACAGUUGGGCAGCUGGCAACACCGCUAGCAUUAGUGCCACUGCCAGCAAACCCAACUAUACCAACACAGCUUCUGGUGUGUCAUCUAUGUCAAAGGCUAAGUCUCAGACCUUUGAUCCUUUUGCUGACUUAGGAAACCUGGCAUCCAAUUUACCAGGUUCCUCUGGGCCGUCCUUUAGCACAAAGGCUCCUCCCUCCUCUGCUAAGCCUCAAGCCCAGCCCUGGCAGGCUGGAAGACCCACCUCAGCCCAGAACAAACCUUGGAUGCCUGGAUCAGGCUCUGGGUCCACACCCAAAGCACCCGCAGCAUCCCAGCCUGCAGGUGCACAGCCCACCAAACCUAACUACAACCUUAACUUUGCUAGUGUCAUUGGUGGGAGAGAGGAGAGAGGAGUCCGUGGGCCUGGAUUUGGCCCCAAGCCUAAGGUAAAGGAGGAUGAUUUUGAAGACCUGCUGUCGACUCAGGGUUUCGCCUCUAGGCCUGAUAAGAAGGGACCAAGGACCAUUGCUGAAAUGAGGAGACAGGAGAUCACAAAAGACAUCGACCCACUUAAACUACAGAUCUUAGACUGGAUUGAAGGGAAGGAGCGAAACAUCAGAGCGCUGCUGUCAACUCUGAACACAGUGCUGUGGGAGGGUGAAACACGCUGGAAGCCUGUGGGCAUGGCUGAUCUGGUGACACCCGACCAGGUGAAGAAGUACUACAGGAAGGCUGUGUUGAUUGUCCAUCCAGAUAAGGCAACAGGCAAGCCUUAUGAACAUUACGCUAAGAUGAUCUUCAUGGAACUGAAUGAUGCCUGGUCAGAGUUCGAGAACCAGGGAUCCAAAGCACUCUUCUAAAACCCUGGUCUGGAUCCCAGACCAGACCAGACCAGACCAGACUGGACUGGAUUUGGCCUAACCAAACAAGGGUUAGACUGGGCCAGAUUGGACAGGACUGAGCCCACAUUGGGCCUUAGGGGCGCAGAGCCUCUGAGAGGUGUCCUCUCUUCCAUUCCCUUCACUCCCAUCGUCCUUCUGUACUUUCUUCUGUUUCUACAGUCAAGGAAAAAGACCUUUUGCCUCGUGUCUGGCUGUAGUGAAAAGUUCCUCACUGGUUAAUAAAGGGGCCAGUUAAAUAAACAUUGUGAUAGCUCUUAAACUCACUGCCUACCUGUACGACUGCCUGAGUGGUGCUGCAAACAUCAGGAGGGAGGAAUGGGUGACAAUCACAUGAAGAAGAGAAAAUGGAAAAGAAAUCAGAUAAAACAAGGACUUUUAAAAUGACCAAGCUGAUUAUCAUGACAGUGGUGUUAAAUAAAAAGAUAAAAUGCCCCUACACUAAUAAAAUGAUGGUAAAUUUUGGCUGUGGCUGGUAAGUUUGUAAUCUGUGCCUGGCACUUUUAUAAACCGCCAGUCAUUUAGCAGACUGGUAAAAAAAAGAAAAUGGGAAAAAAAAUGAACAUGGCUUUAAACUUUGCAGCAUGCCAGCCACCAUUGAAGUUUGCAAAACAUCAAUUGAAUGUUAAACCUUUAAGCUUAGUUGCCUCAAAAAUAAACAAACAUUGCUGAUGAAUCUUGGAACAUACCAGCCACAGCGACCAAUGGACAAGAACAAAAAAAACUCCCAUCCCGCCUCUAAUGCAGAAGCAGGAUUAAAACCUCCCCAGGAUUCUGAAACAAGGUAGAUAUGUUGAUGAUACCCGUUAAUUCUUUGAAGUGCUACUGCUGCACCUUUUGGGGGUCAACACUUUGGUUGGGUUUGCUCUUGAGCCAUUUCCUCUCCAGAAAGACAAGGAUAUUGCCUGCUGAACACUACUAGUGCUGCUUCUACCAUUACAGUUACUGCUACAUACACUCCUCAGAUUGAUGUUAAAACCUGCAUCCUAAACUUCUGACUUCUGACGAAGGAACAGAACUUGUUUUGGACCCCCCAUAUAAACCCAAGCUGGCCGUCUGUUGUUGUUUUUUUGAAGUGCUCUUUUAAUUCCAACCACUCAGGCUAUACUGUGUAGCUAACUGCAUGCUCUCCCACACCAAACCUCUAAACAACUGGAGCUAGGUGUGCUUGAUUUCAAACCAGGGUAGUCCAAAAUGGGCAGGGGGCUCUUUUAAUGAAGUGCUCUUUCCCUUGUAGCAGAGACAGAGAAGAGUCUACUUGCCUGAUUGCGCUGAGUGGCGGGCUACAUGUCCUCCAAGCGUUCACACUGCUCAUUGCUUUUGAGCAUCUCCAUCAUCACUGUCAUUAUUAACCCCUCUCUUUGUCUCUGUAAUCCCCACCCACGUCCUGCACACUACUUCAGUGGACUUUUGUUUUGUCAGUGCAUAGGAGGAGAUCAAAAAGUGAAGGAAUGAAAAGAGAAUAUGGUGAUUUAAUCUGGUUACUAUUGGUUUUACUGUUUCUUGUAUUUUCUGGGUUCGUUCUGAGCGUUUUUUGUCAGUUAAUCAUCACUUCAGUGUAAAUAUAGAAAUAUUAUCAUCCAUCAAGUGGCUUUGUUAAGAUUACAGCUUUGGAAGUUGAUUUGUUAUUGAGCUUCAGGUUUGACUGCGUGAAUGGUUGUAUGAGUGUGUGUGUAAGUGUGUGUGCUUCUUUCUUGGGGGAAGAUAACCUUGUUGGACAUCAUGCUUUCUUGUCUGCGAUCACAAUCCUUUCUUUCUUAAUUUCAUUUUUUCAGCCUCUCCCACACUUUUUGUUUUGUUUUGUUUUGUUUGUGUGGAUGUUUGUCUUUUCAAAAAUCUUUCCAACUUUUUUGCUCAUUUGUUUUGCUCAGUUUUUUAUUUCACAUUUUACCUCAUGGACCAAUCAAAUCACCUGUUUUCUUAUUUAUUAUGUUUUUGGGAGGGUUGGGGUUAUAAUGACAUGUGCUCAUGCAUAUUAAUGCCACAAGUGAAAAAAAUUCAGAUAAUAUAUAAGAAUGUGCUGAGUGCAAGUUGGACAGUUGUCUGAUCACAGUGAGCCUCUUUGUUGCUGUUUUCAUUCCAAAGCAUCUACUAUUAAUACGAAUGUGCUUUUACAAAUAUAUAUCCUCUUUGUUAUUAAGCAGUAUGUGUUUAUCAUUUGUCUCUUCAGUCUGUCUUUUUGUUGUUACUUUUUGUUUCUUUUUUCCUCUUAAGGCAGAAUUGAAGUUGUUCCUUCUGUUUUGCAUUUUGACAUUUUGUUAAAAUUCCAAUGCGAGGGGCCAGUAAACUUAAGUUAAAAAAAUAAAAAAACUCUCUUUGACAGUAUGAUCAUAGUAUAAAGAGGGAGGAUUGCAAAACCACACAUCGGCAGUGUUUACUGUACCAAAUUACAUCAUACUAAUAUGAAUGUAGAUUUCUGUGCAAAAACAAAUAAUUAAAAAUCUUUUGAUCUG